GGACCGAGGACGAGCUGUUUACCACGGAGCCGGGCGGAUGGCGGAUCGAGAGGCGUCGCCGAUACCGCUGGAAAUCCGAGCCCGGCUGGCGGAGUUGGACCUGGAGCUGUCAGAGGGCGACAUCACUCAAAAGGGUUAUGAGAAGAAGAGGUCCAAGCUGAUCAGGGCUUAUGUCCCCCAUGCUGCAGGGAUGGAGGGGCCUCUGUCUCACCGGCCUCCCCUCGGCCCCCCCUCUGCGGCUCGUUUUCAUCGGCGACGCACUUCAGGAACACGGGAUGAGCGCUACAGAUCAGAUGUCCACACGGAGGCGGUACAGGCCGUUUUAGCCCGACAUGUGGAGAGGAAGGUGGCUGUGCCCAUGCCCUCGAAACGGCGCUCCCUAGUGGUGCAGACAUCCAUGGACGCCUACACGCCCCCAGACUCGUCGUCCGGCUCAGAGGAGGAAGCAGGGCCUGGAGACGACCUGUCAGGAUUGGAGCACUGGAGCCGCCCGUCACAACUAGGCCCCGCCCACCUGGGGUCCACUUCCUCCUCCUCGUCGUCCACUCAGAGCGGAGGCAGUGGCAAUGCCAGCCGCCUCGCUGACUCGCUCGCACACGCGCACCUAGAAAACCACUCUGCCCCUCCUGACGUCACCGGCUACUCCUCUGACUCCCCCCACUCACACACAGAGCGCCACCACAUGUCCAACAUGGGAACUAUUGCCCGCAACACGCAAAAGUAUGGCAACGCAGAGAGGAUGGAGACUGGAGAUGGAGUCCCGGUGAGCAGUCGAGUCUCUGCUAAGAUCCAGCAACUGGUGAACACUCUGAAGCAGCCGCGCAGACCUCCACUCAGAGAGUUCUUUGUGGACGACUUUGACGAGCUCUUAGAAGUCCAGCAGCCAGACCCGAACCAGCCGCGUCCUGAGGGAGCAGAGAUGCUGCCUGUGCGGGGGGAGGCCCUGGGCGUGGUCACUAACUGGCCUCCGUCUCUGGAGGCGGCUCUGCAGCGCUGGGGCACCAUCUCCCCCAAAGCCCCCUGCCUCACCAGCCUGGACACGGCCGGGAAGCCCCUCUAUGUGCUCACAUACGGAAAGCUGUGGUCUCGCAGCAUCAAACUGGCCUACAACAUCCUGCACAAACUGGGCAGUAAACUGGAGCCAAUGGUGCGACCGGGGGACCGGGUGGCGCUGGUGUUCCCUAAUAACGAUCCCGUGGCCUUCAUGGUGGCGUUUUAUGGAUGUUUACUUGCUGAAGUGGUGCCAGUGCCCAUCGAAGUCCCACUCAGUCGUAAGGAUGCCGGCUCGCAGCAGAUUGGCUUCCUCCUGGGCAGCUGUGGAGUGACUGUGGCUCUGACCAGUGAUGCCUGCCACAAAGGACUGCCCAAGAGCGCCACAGGAGAGAUCCCACAGUUCAAAGGUUGGCCAAAGCUGCUGUGGUUUGUGACGGAGUCGAAGCAUUUGUCCAAACCGCCCAGAGACUGGUUUCCUCACAUCAAAGACGCCAACAAUGACACAGCCUACAUCGAGUACAAAUCGUGUAAGGAUGGGAGUGUGUUGGGUGUGACAGUGACGAGGAUCGCUCUGUUAACUCAUUGCCAGGCUCUGACUCAGGCCUGCAGCUACACAGAGGCGGAGACAAUUGUGAACGUUCUGGACUUUAAGAAGGAUGUAGGUCUGUGGCAUGGCAUCCUCACGAGUGUGAUGAACAUGAUGCAUGUGAUCAGCGUCCCCUACUCUCUGAUGAAGGUCAACCCCCUGAGCUGGAUCCAGAAAGUCUGUCAGUACAAAGCUAAAGUGUCAUGUGUGAAAUCUCGGGACAUGCACUGGGCUCUUGUGGCACACAAAGACCAGAAGGACAUAAACCUGAGUUCUCUGAGGAUGCUGCUGGUGGCCGACGGAUCCAACCCAUGGUCCAUCUCUUCAUGCGACGCCUUCCUCAACGUGUUCCAGACCAAAGGGCUGAGGGCAGAGGUCAUCUGUCCCUGUGCCAGCUCACCCGAGGCGCUCACUGUUGCCAUCCGCAGGCCAGUGGAGGACAGCAGCCAGCCUCCAGGUCGGGGCGUGCUCUCCAUGCAGGGCCUCAGUUAUGGAGUGGUACGAGUGGAUACAGAGGAGAGACUGUCUGUGCUCACUGUGCAGGACGUCGGGACUGUCGCUCCCGGAGGUCUGGUCUGUGUGGUUAAACCUGAUGGAGUACCUCAACUCUGUCAGACGGAUGAGAUUGGGGAGCUGUGUGUCUGCUCUGUUGCCACAGGAACAUCCUACUACGGCCUCACAGGGAUGACCAAGAACACCUUUGAGGUGUAUCCGGUGAGCUCGAGCGGGGGUCUGAUCAGCGAGUAUGCCUUCAUCAGAACAGGUCUGCUGGGCUUCAUCGGCCCUGGAGGUCUGGUAUUCAUCACGGGGAAGAUGGACGGACUCAUCAUGGUCAGCGGCCGACGGCACAAUGCGGAUGACAUUGUGGCUACAGCGCUUGCCGUGGAGCCCAUGAAGUUUGUCUACAGAGGGAGGAUAGCGGUGUUCUCAGUGACUGUUCUGAGAGAUGAGAGGAUCGUGGUUGUGGCAGAGCAGAGACCCGACUCCACAGAAGAAGACAGCUUCCAGUGGAUGAGCCGGGUACUGCAGGCCAUAGACAGUAUUCAUGGUGUUGGAGUGUUCUGUCUGGCCCUGGUUCCUGCUAACACUCUGCCGAAGACUCCUCUGGGCGGGAUCCACCUGUCUGAGAUCAAACAGCUGUACCUGGAAGGAGGCCUGCACCCGUGUAACGUGCUCAUGUGCCCCCACACAUGUGUGACCAACCUCCCCAAGCCCAGGCAGAAGCAACCAGAGAUUGGUCCAGCCUCUGUGAUGGUAGGAAACCUGGUGUCAGGGAAGAGGAUCGCUCAGGCCAGUGGGAGAGACUUAGGCACCAGCGACGACAACGAUCAGUUCUUGUUCCUGUCGGAGGUUCUGCAGUGGAGAGCACAGACCACUCCAGACCACGUCCUGUACACACUGCUCAGCUCCAGGGGGGCGGUGUCAAACUCGCUGACCUGUCUGCAGCUCCAUAAGCGUGCAGAGCGAGUGGCGGCGUUGCUAAUGGAGAGAGGCGGGCUUCAAGAGGGCGACCACGUGGCUCUUGUUUACCCUCCAGGCAUUGACCUGAUCGCUGCAUUCUACGGCUGCCUCUACGCUGGCUGUGUCCCCAUCACAGUGAGACCUCCUCACCCCCAAAACAUCUCCACCACUCUGCCCACCGUCAAGAUGAUCGUAGAGGUGAGCCACUCUGCGUGUGUGAUGACCACCGCGGUCAUCUGUAAACUGCUGCGCUCCAAAGAGGCCAUGGCUACAGUGGACAUUAGGAACUGGCCCCCUGUGCUUGACACCGAUGACCUCCCCAAGAAGAAGCCCCCCGCGCUCUACAAACCCACCAACCCCGAUGGACUGGCCUAUCUGGACUUUAGCGUGUCCACCACAGGGAUGUUAGCAGGAGUCCAGAUGUCCCACAAUGCUGUGGGGGCGUUCUGUCGCUCAGUGAAGCUUCAGUGUGAGUUGUAUCCGUCCAGAGAGGUGGCCAUCUGCCUUGACCCCUACUGUGGCCUGGGCUUCGUGCUCUGGUGCCUCUGCAGUGUGUACUCAGGGCACCAGUCGAUCCUCAUUCCCCCGGUGGAGCUGGAGUCUAACCCGGCCCUGUGGCUGCUGGCGGUCAGUCAGCUCAGGGUCAGAGACACUUUCUGCUCAUACAGCGUCAUGGAGCUGUGCACCAAAGGCCUGGGUCUGCAGACGGAGGCCCUUAAGGCUCGAGGUCUGGACUUGUCCCGGGUCAGAGCCUGUGUUGUGGUGGCAGAAGAGCGCCCCCGUAUGGCCCUCACACAUUCCUUCUCCAAACUCUUUAAAGACCUGGGACUGCACCCACGCUCCGUCAGCACCGCCUUUGGGUGUAGAGUCAACCUGGCCAUUUGUUUACAGGGCACUUCAGGACCGGACCCUACGACUGUUUAUGUGGACAUGAGAGCACUGCGCCAUGACAGAGUGCGUUUGGUGGAGAAAGGCUCUCCUCACAGUCUGCCCCUCAUGGAGUCUGGGAAAAUCCUUCCUGGAGUGAGGAUCAUCAUUGCAAACCCAGAGACCAAAGGCCCUCUGGGAGACUCGCAUCUGGGAGAGAUCUGGGUGCACAGUGCUCAUAACGGCUCUGGGUACUAUAGCGGGUAUGGGGAGGAGGUGCUUCAGUCCGAUCACUUUAACUCGAGGCUGAGCUUUGGAGACACACAGACCAUUUGGGCCAGAACCGGGUAUCUGGGCUUUCUGAGGAGGACCGAACUCACAGACGCCAAUGGAGAGCGACACGACGCCCUGUUUGUGGUGGGUGCUCUGGAGGAGGCCAUGGAGCUGAGGGGGAUGAGGUACCAUCCCAUCGACAUUGAGACGUCAGUGACACGGGCGCACAAGAGCAUCGUAGAGUGUGCCGUGUUUCCGUGGACUAACCUUCUCGUGGUGGUGGUCGAACUCGAAGGCUCGGAGCAAGAGGCGCUGGACUUGGUUCCCAUGGUGACAAAGGCGGUUCUAGAGGAGCAUUACCUCAUUGUGGGCGUGGUCGUUGUUACGGACAUCGGAGUCAUCCCCAUCAACUCCAGGGGCGAGAAGCAGCGCAUGCACCUCCGCGACGGCUUCCUGCAAGACCAGCUCGACCCCAUCUAUGUGGCUUAUAACAUGUAGAGGGGCAGGGGCGUGCACGUGGGGUCAAGGCUGUGCACGAGACUGAGGAGCGUGCACGUAAAGAAUUCAGGAUCGUGCACAACAUUGGGAAAGUGUGAGAAAAGACUCUGACGUGCACUGAA